UUAAUAUACAGUAGUAGGGCCACAACGACAAUACCCAAAUCCAGGACCAUUGUAAAAACAGAAGCUUUUAUAUCAGGCAUCAAGGCAUGCCACUGAUAAACUAUUUCCCUUAUAGCAGACAUAUGUAGGCACUUUCUGAUAUGUAUUGCUAGCACGAAUAGAGGAAAGUAAAGCCAUUUCUUCAAUCCUAUUCUCCCAUGGCCAAAAGCAGAAAUCCCAGAAAGCAUGCCAAAGGAAAACACAGCCAUCAUUCUCACAGAGAGGAGAAACCACACUCAUGGGCUGCUGUAAGAAGCCUCUUCACUUGCAAGUACCUCCAGGUACAACUACAACAGCAGCAGCAGCAGCAGGAACAACAACAACAUCAUCAGCAGCAGCAGAAGAAGAUGAUGGCAAGACAGCAGAAGAAAAAGCAGAACCCAACCCAAUUAGAAGAGCACACAAUCAGCAAAAGCAAGAAACAGAUAAAUGAGGGGAAGAAAGAGCAAACCCCUGAAGAGAUGAACAAGAAAUGCAAGAAGAUGAAGUGCUCAGGUUCACUUUGCAGCAACACUAAGGUCAUGCAGAAGCCUGAAAUCCCAUCCCCUGAACAGCACAAGAAGAGGGCUGCUACUAAUUUCUUGAUGCUGGGGUCUUCCAGUGAAAGUGAUGCUUCCAAUAGAUCCAUGAAAUCAAUCACUACUUUAAAUGAUCUCAAUGCCAAUUCUUCAUCUUCCUCCUCUUCAUUCACUCUACCUUCUGCCUCUCCUUCAAUUUCUGGAUCUUUCAGAAACAUGCCCUUCAGGAAACUCUCUGGCUGCUAUGAGUGCAGAAUGGUGGUCGAUCCAGUUCUUGGCAUGACAAGGGACCCUUCUCUCAGGUCUACUAUCUGUUCUUGCCCUCAAUGUGGAGAAAUCUUCAUGAAACCUGAGAAUUUGGAGCUUCAUCAGGCUGUCAGGCAUGCUGUAUCUGAAAUGGGGCCCGACGACACCAGCAAGAACAUCGUGGAGAUCAUAUUCCAGUCAAGCUGGCUGAGAAAACAGUCCACAGUUUGCAAAAUCGAUCGGAUUCUAAAAGUCCAAAAUACCCCCAAAACCAUCUCCAGAUUUGAGGAGUACAGAGACAGCAUCAAGACCAAGGCCAGCCGGCUGCAACCCAAGAAACACCCCCGCUGCCUCGCCGACGGCAACGAGCUGCUCAGGUUCCACUGCACCACUUUCAUGUGCUCACUCGGCCUCAAUGGCUCAUCCAACUUGUGCAGCUCCAUUCCAACCUGCCGAGCUUGCAGCAUCAUAAAAAAUGGCUUCAAACUCUCCCCAGAACACUCUUCAAAAGGUGUAUUGACAACUGCGACAAGCGGGAAAGCUCACGAUAGUUGCAGAGUGGGAAUGGAGGAUGAAGGGAAGAGGGCGAUGCUGGUGUGCCGGGUGAUCGCGGGACGGGUGAAGAAGAAUCCGGCCGACGGGAACUUGGAGGACUACGACUCCGUCGGCGGCGCCGCCGGGGUUUACUCCAAUCUGGAUGAGCUGUAUGUGUUUAAUCCGAGGGCUGUACUGCCUUGUUUUGUUGUGAUCUAUACAGAGUUGUGAUCCCACCACUGAUUCUGAAUCUUGUUUCGAUUCUAAGCCGUAUUAUUAGUUUUACUUAAUAAAUUUGUCAUAUCUUCUUCUUCU